UCGCCACCGCUUGGGCCUGACUCCCGGAUUCGUGUCCACUCCGCCGGCUUGCGGGCUGCCGCGCCGCCAGACCCGCCAUGGACGAUACCCUGUUCCAGUUGAAGUUCACGGCGAAGCAGCUGGAGAAACUGGCCAAGAAGGCGGAGAAGGACUCCAAGGCCGAGCAGGCCAAAGUGAAGAAGGCCCUUCAGCAGAAAAAUGUGGAGUGUGCCCGUGUAUAUGCUGAGAACGCCAUCCGUAAGAAGAACGAAGGUGUGAACUGGCUCCGCAUGGCAUCCCGUGUAGAUGCAGUGGCCUCCAAGGUGCAGACGGCCGUGACCAUGAAGGGGGUAACCAAGAACAUGGCACAGGUGACCAAAGCGCUAGACAAGGCCCUGAGUGCCAUGGACCUGCAGAAGGUCUCAGCAGUGAUGGACAGAUUUGAGCAGCAGGUGCAGAACCUGGACGUGCACACCUCGGUAAUGGAGGACUCCAUGAGCUCGGCCACCACACUGACCACGCCACAGGAGCAGGUAGACAGCCUCAUCAUGCAGAUCGCUGAGGAGAAUGGCCUGGAGGUCCUGGACCAGCUCAGCCAGCUGCCCGAGGGUGCUUCCGCGGUGGGUGAGAGCUCUGUGCGCAGCCAGGAGGACCAGCUGUCACGGAGGUUGGCUGCUUUGAGGAAUUAGCUGCACCCUGCGGCACAGUGCCUCCCACCCUGUGACAUGCUGGAAGGCUCCUGUCCCCUCCUCUUCUGCAUCUUGCCUUCCUGCUGACCCUGCGAACUGAGCUGCGCUGGCAGAAUCCUCUCACCUGCCAGGCGGGGUGCCUCAGAGUCAGUCCUGUUCUCUUGUUGGGAGUGGUGGGUCUGUGUCCUGGUGUUGAGUUUGCACGAACCUAUGAGGUAUCUUCUGUGACUCUGGGCCAACAAUGGGAGGUCGGCAGGUCCCCCUCUGCCCCCCCCAAGGAGCUGAUGGAGACUGGCCAGCCAGUGCCACGUGGACUUUCACCCAACACCAGGGGCCCUUCCGACUCUGAUCGCUGACAUGCUGCUUACUGUCCCCCAGUGAACAUCAGGACUGCCUGUUGCCAACUCCUGGAGGCCUCCCCCGACAGUGGGACAGUGGGCAGGAAGUGCCCCCGUGUGACAGACACAGCCCAAGGGGGCGCCAGUGGCCCAUGUGUGCUGAAGUUGGCAGGUGCCACUCAGCACUGUAUGGACAGUGACCCUCCUCUGGGGGUGGGGUCUUGGUGUCUCCUGCUUCUGGUUUAGCCCCCAGGGCCUCCUGCCCCGGCUCCUUGUUUUUAAAGCUGCCUAGUCCAUAGGGACAGAACCACCAUCCAGGUCCAGGUGUGCCCUUGGGUUCUCGUCUUCACUCAUUUGCCACUCUGGAGGUGCCUUGGGCCACGUGGCCAUGCUGUUGUCUCCUCAGCAGGG